UCCAUCCGAGCAGCAGAGAGAGCCUCUCCCAUAGGGAGACAUCACCAUCAACGCCCGAGUCAGCCGCCCGCUGGAUCAAACAUGGAGGACGCGCUAUAGUGGCUUAUCGGGCUCCUGCGGGGAUCGGCAGCGUUAGAUUAUUUAUUUAACUAUUUAUUUAUUUAUAUAUUUAUUUCCCCUGCCAGCAAUGGCCGGGGUCCAUGGCUGCGGCUGCUGAGCGGCAGGUGCGGUACCAUCGACGAAGGCAUUUCGCUUCAUGGGCUCAACGAGGGCCGAACCACCGGCUGGUCCGCUCCGCGCGCACCGCUCCUCGGAUCCGAUGCUCUCUGCGGGGGGAGAGCAAUAGCUGGGCCGCGUCAGGAGGCGAUACACCCGGGCUGGUGGAGGAGGAGGGGCCCCCCUCCUAUACAUCAAAAUAUUAGCGCCAGUAAUUUCAAGGUUAUGCGCCGUUACGCACAGCAACAGCCAGUUCAGUCAAUCUGUUGCUGAGGCAUCAUGGCGUAGGCUCAUUGUGUUGUUUAUUUGAUCAAACACUGGGAUUGAAUGCGCCUCUUUUUUUAUGCGCUGAGCUGAUCCAGCCCUAGUGACAGUCUCGCCUUACAGGCCUGAAACGCUGUUAGAGCGCAGCCUCCUCAUCUGGAAAGCAGGAGCCGGGUCCAAGCCGCCAAGAUGAUGGAGCUGCAGAUAGACGAGGUGGUCUACCAGGACGACUACGGCUCCGGGUCCGUGAUGUCGGAGCGGGUGUCGGGCUUGGCCAACAGCAUCUACCGGGAGUUCGAGCGGCUGAUCCGCAGCUAUGACGAGGAGGUGGUGAAGGAGCUGAUGCCGCUCGUGGUGAACGUCCUGGAGAACCUGGACGCGGUGCUGACGGAAAACCAGGAGCACGAGGUGGAGCUGGAGCUGCUGAAGGAGGACAACGAGCAGCUCAUCACCCAGUACGAGCGGGAGAAGGCGCUCCGCAAGCAGGCUGAGGAGAAAUUCAUUGAGUUCGAGGAUGCGUUGGAAGCUGAGAAGAAGGACCUGCAGGUGCAGGUGGAGUUUCUGGAGCUGCAGGGGAAACAGCAGGAGCUCAAGACGAAGAACUACUUGGACCAGAUCACUCGGCUGGAGGAGCGAGAAUCGGACAUGAAGAAAGAGUACAACGCUCUGCACCAGCGCCACACUGAGAUGAUCCAGACGUAUGUCGAACACAUAGAGCGGUCCAAAAUGCAGCAGGUGGGGAAUAACAGCCAAUCAGAAACCCCCGGCUGUGGACGAACCAAAGCGGAGCGCCCGCCUUCAUUGAGCCUGUACCCCAGCGGCGAGGGCAUGGUACGUGGGGGUCUCGGGGGGGCUAGGAUGAUGCCCGGGAAAGACGCCUGGCAGGAGGAUGGAUCAGAGUCCGACUCCGUGGCGGCCACACCCAGCAGCGCAGGGAGCAAGUCCAACACGCCCACCUCCUCCGUCCCCUCCGCCACCGUCACCCCCGUUAACGAGGGCUUCCUGCCGCAAUCCGAGUUUGACGCCAUGCGGACUGGAAACCGCCGGAAAAGUUCCAAGCGGCUCAGCCGGAAUAUGGAGGUGCAGGUUUCCCAGGAAACCAGGAACGUCAGCAUCGGCAUGGGAAGCAGCGAUGAGUGGUCCGAGUUUCAGGAGAUCAUCGACUCCACGCCUGAGCUGGACAUGUGUGUGGACCCCCGCGUGUACGGAGGAGGGAACAGCCCCUCCCAGGGCAUCGUGAACGAGGCCUUCGGCAUCAACACGGACUCUCUCUACCACGAGAUCAAAGACGCCAAGUCGGACAUCAUCGGAGACGUAGACGCAGGCGCCGAGCUGCUAGGGGAGUUCUCAGUUCGUGAUGAUUUCUUCGGGAUGGGCAAGGAGGUGGAGAACCUGCUGACGGAGAACAAACAGCUCCUAGAGACCAAAAAUGCUCUCAACAUUGUGAAAAACGACCUUAUUGCCAAAGUGGACGAGCUGUCGGGGGAUCAGGAGGUGCUGAGGGAGGAGCUGGAGGCUCUGAGGCAGUCCAAGAACAAGGUGGACGCCAGAGUCAAGGAGCUGGAUGAAGAACUCAAGAGGUUGAGAGCAGAAGCUCUCGGUGCGUCCCGGGACUCCAAGGACGAAGCAGGUGAUGAUUUCUCAUCGCCCAUGCAGGACGGCGACAUAACGAUGACGCAGCGGCGGCGCUUCACCCGAGUGGAGAUGGCCCGCGUGCUGAUGGAGAGGAACCAGUACAAAGAGAGGCUGAUGGAGCUGCAGGAGGCCGUACGGUGGACAGAGAUGAUCAGGGCGUCCAGGGAGAGUCCUCAUAUCUCGGAGAAAAAGAAAUCCACCAUCUGGCAAUUCUUUGCACGUCUCUUCAGCACGUCGUCCAGCCCGCCGCCCGUCAAGCGGCCGUACUACAGCGUCAACAUCCACUACAAGUCGCCCUCCCCCGCUGGUUUCUCUCAGCGACGCAGCCACACCAUGUGUCAGAUCUCCACCUCCAACCGCACGCUGGAGUUCUUCCCCGAAGAUGACUCGGCACUGUUGGCUCGUCGAGAGCAGCGACGUGAACAGUACCGGCAGGUCCGCGAGCACAUGCGCCGCGAUGACGGCAUCAUGCAGGCCUGUGGCUGGAGUGUGCCGUCUCGCUUCAAACAGGCCACUGUCGAGAAAGAGGACAACCGCAUGAAGAACGUCCCGGUGCCGGUGUACUGCCGUCCUCUGGUAGAGAAGGACCCCAACAGGAAGUUGUGGUGUGCAGCUGGGGUGGACCUGACGGGAUGGAGGGCCAGCAGCCAGGAGUUGGUACCGGCCAAAGCUCCGUCGGGCGGCAGCGACCCGCUGCACGCCGACGAGAACGGAGCCGGCAAGAAGAGCAGCCACAGCUCUCCAGAGAAGAGGACGUCAAAUGAGCUCCAGGAGACGGACACCAUGAACAGCCGGGUGUGGAUCCUCACCAGCACCCACUCCGCCAGCAAGGUGGUGAUCAUCGACGCCAACCAGCCGGGCUCACUGGUCGACCAGUUCAACGUCUGCAACGCCCACGUGCUCUGCAUCUCCAGUGUUCCAGCUGCCAGCGAGAGCGACUAUCCUGCAGGAGAGAUCGUGUUGGAUCCGGGUGACGGAGGACUCGGAGCGGGAGGCGAUGACGCUGGCAGUGUGGAGGGCAUGUUGGCCGGGAUCACUCUGGUGGGCUGCGCCACCAACUGCAGCGUCACCCGGAGCAACUGCUCCUCACGCACCGACACGCCCAUCAUGGACAAGGGACAAGCUCCCGCGGCUCUGCCCAUGAAUGGGAAGAGUCCCCCGGCCCAGUCGGCCGAGGAGGCCAUGGAGGCCACCGAGGUUUCCGAGUCCACGGCCAACCACGCAGAGCUGAGAUCCGGACCCCCGGGGCCGUUUACCGAGCACGUCUUCACCGACCCCCAGCCUCGUCUAUCGGACGUCUCCGACAGGAGCGUGUGUCAGUCCAAAGAGGAAACGUGUCAGGAGUCGGAGGACGGAAGUGAGGAGACCAAGAGCUACGCCAGCGUGGCCCCCACCAUGUGGCUCGGGGCCCAGAACGGCUGGCUCUACGUCCACUCGGCGGUUGGAAACUGGAAGAAGUGCCUCCACUCCAUCAAACUCAAAGACUCUGUGCUCAGCCUGGUACAUGUGAAAGGUCGCGUGCUGGUCGCCCUCGCUGACGGGACCCUCGCCAUAUUCCAUAGAUCGGAGGACGGCCAGUGGGAUUUGUCCAACUACCACCUCAUGGACCUCGGGCGGCCUCACCACUCGAUCCGCUGCAUGGCUGUCGUGCAUGAUAAGGUUUGGUGCGGCUACAAGAACAAGAUCCACGUGAUCCAGCCCAAGAGCAUGCAGAUCGAGAAGUCCUUCGACGCCCACCCUCGCAGGGAGAGUCAGGUGCGGCAGCUGGCGUGGAUCGGCGAUGGUGUCUGGGUGUCCAUCAGGCUGGACUCCACCCUGCGGCUCUACCACGCGCACACGCACCAGCAUCUCCAGGAUGUGGACAUCGAGCCGUACGUCAGCAAGAUGCUGGGCACGGGCAAGCUGGGCUUCUCUUUUGUGCGAAUCACAGCACUUCUGAUUGGUGGGAAUCGCCUCUGGGUAGGAACUGGGAACGGCGUGAUCAUCUCCAUCCCGCUCACAGAGACGGUGGUCCUCCACCGAGGACAGCUCCUUGGUUUGAGGGCCAACAAGGUGUCGCCUACGUCGUCCGGGGGAGUGAUCCACGUGUACGGGGACGACGGUUCUGAGAAGAGCACCGGCAGCUUCAUCCCGUACUGCUCCAUGGCACAAGCCCAGCUGUGUUUCCAUGGACACCGAGAUGCCGUCAAGUUCUUUGUCUCUGUCCCCGGCAAUGUCCUGGCUACACUAAACGGCAGCGUGCUGGACAGUCCAUCGGAGGGCAGGGCUCCACAGCGCCCAGAGGCGGAGGCCCAGAGUGUUCACAACGUGCUGGUGCUGAGUGGAGGAGAGGGCUACAUCGACUUCCGUAUCGGAGAUGGAGAGGACGAUGAGACGGAGGAAGGAGACAGUAGUGUAACGUCUUCGCAGGUCAAACCUGCUUUGUGUAAAGCUGAGCGGAGCCACAUUAUCGUCUGGCAGGUGUCUUACAUACCAGACUGACACCCGGAUCUGCUUCAACACCCACACCCGCGCAUCUCCUUCAAGAAACCUCUUCCUGCCCCCCAAAAGCUUCCAGCCACCCGAACCUUGUAAUUAUCCCUGGUCGUGUAAGAGUUCCUUCUUGGCUCUAAAACGACCCUCCAAGCCAUGUAUGGUCCCUUGUAACUAUUAUAUCCCCUCCUGCCCCAUCACCGUUUAACUUUAAGGCCUUGUAAGUACCUCCUCUGAUCUAGUAACCUGCCUGCCAUCCUGUUUGUCCUAACUAUCUUCAUGAGCCUUGUACCCCAGCCUCAUAACUACCUCCCUCCUCUGUAUCGAUCUUAUAUUCACCCUGUAAGCACACUGUAUCUCUUCCUAUAUUUACCUCAAUUGUCCUGCAUCUGCCCCAGAGUUACUCCUCUUCUUCCUCCACUUAGUUUGUCACCUGUGAAGCCUCCACCUCAUCUUAUCUCAAAGCCCAGAGCCCCAACAUGCAUCAAAUGUACCAAUAGCAAAAAAUAAAAUGCAAGAACACGGGUACAAAAUUGUGAAUGGAAACACUGACUUGCAUUUCCACCAGAAAUUUGAUUUUUUUUUCUUCCCCUAACUGCUAAUCAGCAACUCCAUGAUCGUUAAUGCUGUCAUUUGUUUAAAUGGAUUUCACGGAAGAUGUGUUUACGGAUCGACACUGUGCGAGGGUAAAAACAAAUCCGAGGAGACGGAUUUUAAGAUUAUAGUGUAUAGCGAACCAGUUUGGAUCACGUGGUCCAACAUGGAACACAUGGAAAGUCAAAAUGUAGGUGAAAACAGAAGUUUGGGCUUUACGAGGCUCGACUAAUGAUGAAAAAGAAAGCCCUCGUGAGGAUGUAGUGACAGGAAGGAUCUGGUGCCUAAUGUGAAUCAGUCAUGCGAACAAUUGAAAAGCAUGCGACGCUUAAUGCGUCACGGCUUCAGCCCGAUCCUCACCCGACUGGCUGUUGAUCAGGCGGUUCGUCGUAAAGCAGGUGGACAGUGAUGUCGUCGUUCUGUGUACAGGGAAUAUUGUAGAAGUCCAGACACACCGAAGCCAUUCCUUUGUUCAGUAUGGAAAUUCAUGCAUUGAUCUCUGUGUGGAUUAAAUAUUAAACAUGUGUGCUGAAAAAAACGUA